AUGGCCGCCUCCACCAUGUCUGUCUGCUCUGAUGCUUGCACCAACGCCUCCUGGCAGGUGGAUGACUGCCCAGAGAGCUGCUGUGAGCCCUGCUGCUGUGCCCCCAGCUGCUGCCAGCCCAGCUGCUGUGUUCCUUGCUGUGUCCCCAGCUGCUGCCAGUCCAGCUGCUGUGCCCCCAGCUGCUGUGCCCCAACCCCUUGCCUCCUCUGCACCCCAGUGAGCUGUGUGUCCAGCCCCUGCUGCCAAUCUUCCUGCUGCACACCCUCAUGCUGCCAGCAGGCUAGCUGCCAGCCAGCUUGCUGCACAUGCUCCCCCUGCCAGCAGCCCUGCUGUGUGACCCUUUGCUGCAAGCCUGUGUGCUACACACCCAUCUGCUCUGGCUCCUGCUGCCAGCAGCCUAGCUGCCAGUCCUCCUGCUGCCAGCCCUCCUGCUGUGUGCCUGUGGGCUGCAAGCCUGUGUGCUGCACACCCAUCUGCUCUGGCUCC